AUGGCCCCCAAAAAGCCAGAGCCCAAGAAGGACGAUGCCAAGGCCGCUGCCCCCAAAGCAGGCCCAGCACCUGCGGCUGCACCUGCAGCUGCCCCUGCGGCUGCACCUGAGCCGGAGCGCCCCAAGGAAGUGGAAUUUGAUGCCUCCAAGAUUAAGAUCGAGUUCACACCGGAACAGAUUGAAGAGUUCAAGGAGGCCUUCCAGCUGUUUGACCGCACACCCAAGGGCGAGAUGAAGAUCACCUAUGGGCAGUGUGGGGAUGUCCUGCGGGCUCUGGGUCAGAAUCCUACCCAGGCAGAGGUGCUCCGAGUCCUGGGGAAGCCCAAACAGGAAGAGCUCAACUCCAAAAUGAUGGAUUUUGAAACGUUCCUGCCCAUGCUCCAGCACAUCUCCAAGAACAAGGACACUGGCACAUACGAGGACUUCGUGGAGGGGCUUCGGGUCUUUGACAAGGAGGGCAACGGCACGGUCAUGGGCGCGGAGCUCCGCCACGUGCUGGCCACUCUGGGUGAGAGACUGACAGAAGAUGAGGUGGAGAAACUGAUGGCUGGUCAAGAAGACUCCAAUGGCUGCAUCAACUAUGAAGCGUUUGUGAAGCACAUCAUGGCCAGCUGAGCCUCUCGCCGG